GAGUGCUUUCCCUCAACUCAAGAGGACCCAUUUAGGAACAAUGAACUCCCGAAUUUCACCAUUGUUGCAGCAGACUUUCACUGAACAUGACAGGUUGGGUCAAGCAUUCGAUGAUGCUUUGGAGGUGUUGCAGCAUUCAAUUGGAGGAUUUCAAUACUCCCCAGAACAUAAAACUCAGAUGGCUCACUAUUACCCUCAGCAAUUCAGAGGAAAUUGCAGCUACUAUGGCAUUUUAUCCCCAGGAGAGCCCACCUAUAACUGGAGGAGCGUAAUAAAUGGUCCUGGGGACUUGUAUUUGGAAGAAAAUAUCCCACAGUCUCUGCAGAGCAUAAAUGAAAACCAGCUGGCGGGACAAGUCUCCCUCUUCCAGCCAAAGGGAGGAAAAGGCCGGAGGAAGCUUCGACUGUUUGAAUACCUUUUCCAAUCUCUGUGCGAUUCGGAGAUGUCGUCUUGUAUUCAGUGGGUCGACAAAACCAAAGGUGUCUUUCAGUUUGUAUCAAAAAACAAAGAAAAGCUUGCUGAGCUAUGGGGGAAAAGAAAAGGCAACAGAAAGCCCAUGACUUACCAGAAGAUGGCCAGAGCCCUGAGGAACUAUGCCAGGACUGGGGAGAUCACGAAAAUCCGCAGAAAGCUGACCUACCAGUUCAGUGAAGCUGCUCUCCUGAGACUAUCUCCAUCUCACUUCAGGGGGAAAGACCUCUUCCACUCUCCUUAUGACCAGCGUGAUGAGGAAUUUCUCAGCCCGAACCACUGGAACACAAACUACUCACACCAGUUACCAGAAUUAAGUCACCCCAGCUUCUGA